AUGCAGCAGAUCAACCCGCACGUCGCGGAGGAGCUGCACCGUGAAGAACUCCGCGCUGAGGAGUAUGGCGGAGACGAUCCUCUGGACCCGUUGCCGAAGGAGGACGGGCAUAUUCCCAUUGCGGAGGACGAGCCGAAGGCAGACCCGAACAAGGUCGCUUGGGACGGGCCUGAUGAUCCCACAAACCCGCAGAACUGGACAAGAGGCCGCAAAUGGUUCAUCACCAUCCUCUGCUUGCUUAUGACCGUUAAUGUCACGUUCGCUUCCUCCGCACCCUCCGCUGCGGGUCUGUACAUCGCCGCGGAGUUCCACGCGAGCACCGAAGUCGGCUACCUGGUCACGUCCAUCUUCCUGUGCGGCUAUGUCGUCGGCCCCCUCCUCUGGGGACCCGGUUCCGAGCUGUUCGGUCGCCGCAUCGUCUUCCGGGUCACCCUCGUCUGCUACGUCCUUCUCCAUCUGGGACAGGCGUUGGCGCAUAACCUCGCCACACUCCUUGUCACCCGUUUCCUCACUGGUGUAUUCGCUUGCGCGCCCUUGACAAACUGCGGCGGUGUCAUCGUCGAUAUUUGGGACCCCGUCACCCGUGGUACCGCCACCGCGCUCUUCUCCGCCGGUGUGUUCAUUGGCCCCGUCCUCGGCCCCAUUGCGGGUGGAUUUAUCACGAGCAGUUUCCUCGGCUGGCGAUGGGUCUUCUGGAUCAUGAUGAUCUUCGCCGGCACUUGCACCAUUGCGGCGAUCGCCUUCCUCCCGGAGACGUACGCGCCAGUGCUUCUGCAGUGGAAGGCUCAGAAGCUGCGCAAGGCAGACCCACAGGCGAACGCCGGGGUGUACGCUGAGCACGAGAAGUCUGACUGGUCGGCAAAGGGCAUCUUCCACCGCACGCUGUACCGGCCCGUGCAGAUGCUCAUCUUCGAGCCCAUCCUCCUGCUCGUGACGGUCUACCUAUCCCUUGUAUACGGUGUUCUCUACGCUCUUUUCGAGGCACUCCCUCUCAUCUUCAUGGGCACCCGCGGCUUCAACAUCGGCGAGUCGGGCCUCAUCUUCGUCGGCGUUGGUAUCGGCACUUCGAUCGGAGCGUACAUGACUAUCCCGCUCUCGAAGCACUACCCCCAGCUCAUCGUCAAGUGGCGUGGAUUCCCUCCCCCCGAGGAGCGUCUCCUCGGUGCCAUGAUCGGCGCGCCUGCGCUCGUCAUCGGCUGCUUCUGGCUCGGAUGGACGGGCCAGUACUCGAGCAUCCACUGGAUCGUCCCCGCCAUCGCCACCGUUCCCAUCGGUGCCAGUGUCGCGCUCGUCUUUAACUCUUUCCUGGCAUACCUCAUCGACACGUACCUGCAGUACAGCGCGUCGGCGUUCUCUGCGAACACGAUCAUUCGUUCCUGCGUCGGAGCCGCGUUCCCGCUAUUCACCGUGCAGAUGUUCCACAAGCUCGGGAUCAACUGGGCGUGCACACUCAUUGGGUUUUGCGCGUUGCUCCUGGCGCCGAGUCCGUUCCUGUUCUACAAGUACGGUGCAUGGAUCCGUCAGAAGUCUCGGUUCUCUCCUUGCUUGGAUCUCAUCAUCGCAAAAGAGAUUGCAGCAGCGGAGGCUGCCGAGACCAAGGGCUCCGAGAAGGUCUAA